UGAGCUCCUUGCCCGCGGGAUCCACCGCCGCCGCUGCUUUAGCCGAGAAGAGAGACGGAGCCACGGAGGGGGAAGAAAGCAGCAAGCAGCGAGACACAACAGCCCCCACCGCAUCGAUCGAUCCCCUUUCGUUCUUAAAACCCCCCGAGAAGAGAGGCGUGAGCAGCCAACGGCGGCCAGCCACCAGCAAGGCAGCAAGCAGCGGAGCACAGCCCCCACGCCAGCAUCAUAACGCCACCCCACGCCAGCAUCAUACCCCCCACGCUCCACUGCCCACUUCCGUUUCAAAUACCAGCAGGCCACACUCCUUUUUCCCCUCUCCCGCAUUCCCACGAACAUCUACCAGGGAUGUCUCCGACCACCACCCCGUCCCCGGCCGCAGCGCCGAAGCCUUCCUCAGGAGGAGCCAAGCGCGGCCUGAUGGGUUCCCUCAUCGACGCCACCGCGCUCCUCCGGACGGCCUCCUUCAAGGAGGACUCGUACGUGGCCGCUGCGCUGCCGGCCUCCGACCUCCGCGCGCUGGCCGACCUCAGGGCGCUGCUCGCCACCCACCCGGACCAAAUCUCCAUCUGGGGCGUGCCGCUCAACAACACGCCCGGCGACGCCGACGCCCCGGCCGACGAGCGCGCCGACGUCGUGCUCCUCAAGUUCCUCCGCGCCAGGGACUUCCGCGUCCGCGACGCGCACGCCAUGGUGCUCCGCUGCGCCGCCUGGCGCGCCGAGUUCCGCGCCGACGCCGUGCUCGGCGAGGACCUCGGGUUCAAGGACCUCGAGGGCGUCGUGGCGUACAUGCACGGCUGGGACCGCGAAGGCCACCCCGUCUGCUACAACGCCUACGGCGUCUUCAAGGACAGGGACAUGUACGACCGCGUCUUCGGCGACGGCGACCGCCUCGCCAGGUUCCUCCGCUGGCGCGUCCAGAUCAUGGAGCGCGGCGUGCGCGCGCUCCAGCUCCGCCCUGGCGGCGUCAACGCCAUCAUUCAGGUCACCGACCUCAAGGACAUGCCCAAGCGCGAGCUCCGUGCCGCCUCCAACCAGAUACUCUCCCUCUUCCAGGACAAUUACCCCGAGAUGGUGGCCCGCAAGGUGUUCGUGAACGUGCCGUGGUACUUCUCCGUGCUCUUCUCCAUGAUCUCCCCGUUCCUGACGGAGCGCACCAAGAGCAAGUUCGUCAUCGCGCGUGAGGGCAACGUCGCGGAGACGCUAUUCAAGUUCAUCCGGCCGGAGCUUGUGCCGGUGCAGUACGGCGGGCUCAGUCGCGCCAGCGACCUCGAGAACGGCCCGCCCAAACCGGCGUCCGAGUUCACCAUCAAGGGCGGCGAGAAGGUCUUCCUAGAGAUCGACGGCAUUGAGGCCGGUGCAACAAUAACGUGGGACCUGGUUGUCGGUGGCUGGGACCUGGAGUACGGCGCGGAGUACGUGCCGGCGGCGGACGGAGGCUACACGCUGUGCGUGGAGAGGACGAAGAAGGUCCCGGCCAGCGCCGACGAGCCCGUGCACAAUGCCUUCACGGCCAAGGAGGCCGGCAAGAUGGUGCUCUCCAUCGACAACUCGGGCUCCCGGAAGAGGAAGGUCGCUGCCUACCGCUACUUCGUGCGCAAGCCGUCGGUGUAGGCUCCGAUACGGUGGCCGGCGGCUUGCCGGUAGUGCGUUGCUUUGCUUGCCUUUGGCUUUUGGCUUUCCCUAGUCUUGAGGGGAGAGUUUAAUUUAGGUCUACUUAAUUAGUGCUAUAAUAUGACAUGGAUGUAUUAUGCCAUAUGUAGAAUAUAUAAUGUCUGAGCUGUGAGAUCCUACUUGUCAUUCGUUAUAAAGCUAAUGAGUUGAGUUUUUUUGGGGUCAA